AGGACCCUAGGAACGUGUCAACCUACAGCUCCAAUAAGCUCACUACAGUAAAACGACAUUAAUCUGCUAUUCAGCGACUUGGAAAUAAUAAGGUAUCUGACUCAUCCGGUGAUGCUUGUUGUGCACCCCUUCAAAUCCCCCAGGCCCUGGUUCCAGGGCUCAGUUUAAAUAUGAAGGCACAAGAGCCUUCAAAUUUAAACUGGUAUCUGCAGCGAAAGACAACCAGUUGGAGGAAUACUGCAGACCAGGCAUCAUCAGCUGAGGGAAAUGGACAGUCCAGAUGAUAGGUCUCGAUCCGGAACGCCGACUGUCUAUUUUCAUUUACAGAUGCCAAGUGAGACGCAGAGCUCCUUCACCGGUUUGCUUCAGCUUGCACUGUUGUAAUGAAUUGAUUUGUAUGGACGGUAUGCAAGACAAGUGCUUUCAGUGUACCUCAGCCCGUACGACAAGAAAAACAAAUCUACCAUUUUUUAAUUCCUGUCUCAGCCUCUUACGUCACCAAUUGAUUUGCUAGGUUUGCUGAAAAAAAAUCAAUAUAUUAUUAAAAAACAUCAUAAGGUAGAGGGGAGGCUGGAGUUGAAACUGAGGGGAGGGAAUGGGAACAGAAAGGGAGCGGAUGAGAGUGGAGCAGCGAUGGGAGAUACUGUAUUCCAAUGAGGAGGGCGCUGAUCAGGAGUUGUUGCUCUUUCUGACAUGGUCGGUCUUCUGAAGCUGGUAAUGCAGACAGCGUCCCACGGCAUCCUGAGUUUUAAGUGUUCUGGACCCGUGGGAUGAAAGCUCAUCGAUGUCCAGGUUGCCUCGGCUUUCUCGCCCCGCCGUCGAUGAAAAUGCUGGCGCAAAGUUCUACCCUCACCUAUACUGUACUGCUCAAGCGCAGCGCCUCGCCUCGCCCUCCCGAAAGUGAAAGAAAGGAAGUGGCCACGAUAGGCGUUCACACGGAGAAAUGCAGGAAAGUAAAGAGGCCAUGGCCUGCGCCCGGAAACUUUCGCCGCGCCUCGUACCCCGGGUGGUCGCGCUGUUGGCUCUGCUCCGACUUUCAGAAGGUGACUUAACAGUGUCUAUGGAUACAAAAAUUGUGGAAGCCACUGUGAAUAAAGAUGUUCUUCUUGAAUGCCGUGUGUCUGGUUACAAGGCCACGGAAAUUGACCUUAGAACCGUUGCAGUUCAGUGGUUCUUUCAAAAACCUGACUCUUCUGACAGACAAGAAGUAUAUCAUUUCACUGGAGGCAGGCAUACGCCAUACAGAAAAGGAGCUGAAAUAUUUGACAACGAAUUGAAGAAGGGAAUUGCUUCUCUUUUUCUUCCACUUGUGCAAUUUAAUGAAGAAGGAGAUUACACCUGCACUGUUUCUAUUAACUUAGAGAAUGGAGAAGGAAAAUCUUCCAUGACUGUUUCAGCCAAACCAAAUGUGGUAUUAUCUUCAACUGCCAUCACAAUUGAGAAUGGUACUGAAAAGUCAGUAAAUUGUAGCAGUACCGGUUUUUAUCCCAAGACAAUUGAGAUGAGCUGGUUAAAGAAAUCUAAAGAUGGAGAAGAAAAGAUUUUGAAGCAUUUCUGCACAGGAUCCCCAAUUAAAAAUAAUGAUGGAACCUACAGUGUUUCUAGUCGUAUGAGGUUACGGCCAUCGCUCCAAGAUAAUUCUAAUGUUUACAUAUGCUUUGUGAGACACAGAUCACUUCGUAAUGGUGAAAAGUUGGAAACCACUCUGAGUGUGAAAGAGCCAGAAGUUGUUGUACCAGGGGGAAUAAUAGCUGGCAGUGUAUUUGCUAGUGUACUGAUAUGUUCACUGAUCAUGAUCAUUGGAUUUGUGAUGUAUCUGCGAUAUUUCAGAAAAGUACCUCCUAAAGUUUCUGAUAUCAGCCAGCCUCCACGCAUUGUACAUUUGGAAGAAACUGUUCUGACUUGUCAGAUAUCUGGAUAUAAACCUUCAAAUAUUUCUAUUCAAUGGUUUCUACAAAUAAAUGGCGGAACAGAACAUAGCAUUUGCCGGUGGACUUCUCCGUCUGAGAACUUGAAAGCACCUGAGGAGAUCGAUCAGCAGAGACUUAUUGCAGAUUAUGAAAGUGCAGUGGAAGCUUUUGCAUUUGAGAUGUCAGCUGUCACAAACAACAGUGAUGGUACCUCCAGUCUGAAGUGUGAAGUUAUCUUCUGCCCUGAUAUUGAGAGAGAUAAUGAAGCUGUUCUUAAACUUCAAGUUUUGCAUAGUAGCAAUUUGAGAAAGCCUAUUAUUAAGACCAUCACAUUGAAAGUUGAAGGAAUUGCACCAAAGAUGACAGACAUUCUAGUACCUCCUUGCAUCAUUCAUGAAGAAUUGAUUGCAUUGUCCUGUCCAAUUGAUGGAUUUAAACCAAGACCACUGGCUAUCACUUGGUACCAGAAGCAGAACAACAAAUUGAAAGAAAUUGUGAAAUAUGUGCCACGAGUUCAAGAAUCUUUUGCUGGGAAUGAAACAAAUCUUCCCAAGUAUUCCCACACCUUACAUGAGGUGACAUACGAAGACCAUACUUACAGUAUCUUAAGUGUUCUUGCUUUUAUACCAACCAUUCAGGAUGACCAUGACACAGAGUAUAUUUGUGAAGCUGAACAUCUGUCCACAGGUUCAGAAAUACAGAAGGGUGUUACACUAAGCGUAAAAGCAAUCCCAAAAUGUGAUGAUAUAAAAAUCGUUCCUGAAGUCCCAAUUGUAGAAGAAUUUGGUUUUGCAUCAUGUCGAAUAUAUUCCUUCUUCCCAAAAAACAUCAAAGUUAUCUGGAAAAUGGAUAAUAAUAUAAUGGAGGAAAUGAAUGCUGAAUCUGAAGCUAUCUUGGGAAAGGAUGGCCGUUAUAGCUGCACAAGUCAUUUGAAAUUUAUUCCCGAAAGAGAAGAUUUGGGAAAGUUAUUGACGUGUGAAUUCCAGCAUGAAAGUAUGACAGACACCAAGAAAACUAGCUGUAAAUUGUUUAAAUUGAUAUCUUCUCCAUUAAUGGACAAGAUGACAGUUGAACCACAAUACCCAGAGCCAGGAAACGAAGCAACAUUCCUAUGCGUUGCUUAUGGCUUCUUUCCAGAGAAUGUCAUGUUUAUGUGGUUCAAAAAUGAUAAGAGGAUUGAUGAUAAUGAAAUAAUUUCUACCACCCCAGAGAUAGAUAAAAAUACCGGCUUCUUCUACAGCGAGAGUCGAUAUAAAUACAUAAUUUCAGUAAAAGAUCGUCAAAUUGAUUUCAAAGUUGAGGCUCUUCAUUUUCCAACUUCUCACAGACCUACAAGGAUUUUUCACACCUUGCACCUUGGAGGAAUUCCAAAGCUUUCUGAUGUCAUUCUCGAGCCAGAAAAUCCAUUAUAUGGCCAGCCUCUUGUUCUUAAAUGUAAUGUAACCAGUUUUUCUCACAAUGAAAUUUCCACCCAAUGGCUAAUGGAUGAGGAACCCUUCUUAAAAGGAGUAAAAAAUUCAAGCCCCAUAAUGGGAAAGGAUGGAUCUUAUCAUUUGUCCUCCUGUCUGGAGUUUAUACCAACAGCAUUGCAUUAUAAUAAGAAAUUUGCCAUUGUGGUGAAAAAUGGACUUUCAUCUGAUGGUAUUAAAAAGCAGUUUCGUUUACCGCUUCCAGGACAUUUCCCCACUGUGUCUGAAAUCAAGUGCAACCCAACACAUCUGGAGGAAAACAGAAUGGCUACUUUCACAGUUUCACUGACCAAUUAUGUACCACUGGAAAUUGAAGUGAAGUGGUUCAAAGGAGAACAACCCUUCACAGGACCUGUGAAUAAUAGUCAACCUCAGAUUACUGCAAGUGGUCUUUUUUCUUCAACAACCAGCAUAGAAUUUGCUCCAGAACGAUCUGAUCAGGACUUGGAAGUCAGAUGUACGAUAUUUCACUCAGAGACAAGCAAAAGAAUAGAACAAAAGUUUCAUUUAACAUUUUGAGGUGCUGUCGGAUCUAUUGAUUAUUUGCAGAGAGUUUAUCUAAUACUAUAUAAAUGGAAGCAGUGAACCUUUUUAGGAUGAUUAAAUAAGCCUUGAGUUAAAAAGUGGAUAUACAUGAUGUGGGUGUGAAACUUUAGAACAGUCACAAAAACCCCCACUGCUAAUAUCUGCUGCAACACCCACAAAAUGCUGGAGGAACUCGGGCAUGUAAACAGUCUACGUUUCAGGCUGAGACUCUUCAUCAGGACUGGGAAUGAAGAGGAGAAAUGUAUAUUGCUCUGAAUUUCCAAUAUCUACAGAUUUUCUCAUGUUUGUGAUACUAAUAUCUGCUGUCCUUGCUCGGCUUGGCUAGUGGCUGUUUCUCAAGAUCCUCAGCAAUGUAGUUGAAUCUGUUGGAAGAAUUCUCUAAAACAGUAUUUAACUUGAUUGUUCAGCUUAUUCAAAAAAUGUCAGUGUUGUUGAAUGUUAAAGAUAGCUCUGACUUUGAACACUUAAUACAGACCCCAAAAUAAAGACCAGGCUACAAAGAGAAGAUAAAAGUUGAAAAUAUCAUAGAAAUCUUUCCCUAUUUUUGUAAAGUUGAAAAAGAUUAAACUAUUGGAGGGGUAUAAAUCAAGGGAGAGGGGUAGCUAAGAAAGCCAUUGUACAGGUCUAUAGUUUAUUAAAAGUGGCAUCACAGGUUACUAGGUCUGUAAAGAAAGCUUUUGGCACAUCGGCCUUCAUAAAUCAAAGUACCGAGUACGGCUGAUGAGAUGAUAUGUUGAAGUUGUUGAGGGCUAAUUUGGGGUACUGUGUGCAGUUUUGGUUAUUUACCUACAGAAAAGUUGUAAAUAAGGUUGAAAUGAGUACGGAGAAAAUUUACAAGGACAUUGCUGGAUCUGGAAGACCUGAGUUAUAUGGGAAGAUUAAAUGGGAUAGGAUUUAUUUCUUCAGGUAUGGAAGAUUGAGAGAUUUGAUUGAGGUAUACUAAAUUAUGAGGCAUAUAGAUAGGGUAAAUGCAAGCAGGCUUUUUUUCUACUGAUGCUGAGUAGGACAACAACUAGAGGUCAUGGGUUGGGAGUGAAAGGUGAAAAGUUUAAGGGGACUAUUGGGGGAACUUCUUCACUCAGAGUGUGGAAUACGUUGCUAGUACAAGUGGUGCAUGUGAGGUUGAUUUCAACAUUUACGAGAAGUUUGGAUAGGUACAUGGAUGGGAGCGGUAUGAAAGGCUAUUGUCCCAGUGCAGGUCAAUGGCAGUAGGCAAUUUAGAUGGUUUAGCAUGGAAUAGAUGGGCCAAAGAGCCUGCUUCUGUGCUGUACUUUUCUAUGGCUCUCCAUGACACUACAACAGAGACUAUGUAUCAGAACAGAAGAAGCUGUUUUGUAAAAUUACAGGUUCCAGAGUUGAAAGAAAUUGUCUAAAGAGAGAUUUUUAAAAUAUUUCAGCAAACAGUGGGUAGGUUCAAUCCACUUUUGAUACUGACCUGUAAAUGUUCUAGAUCAGUACAGCUAAUCAUCUUACAACUAAUGUGUUGGCUGCAUACACUGGUCCUUCAGAAGCACUGCAAAAGGAUGGAAAUGGCACUCAAAAGAAUAAAGACUGAGGCAAAAAAAAACAAACAAACUGCUGAAUGAGUCUAGUCAGUUGAGCAGCAUCUGAUGAGGGAAUUGUAUUGUUGAUAUUUAUUAUUGAACGCUCCAUCAGGACUGAGAGAGGAAAUGCCAGUGUAAGAAAACGGCAAGUGACUGGUUGACUGGGGAGAAAGGAGUUGAAAGAUGACAGGCAGUUUAUUACACCCUCUCAGAAAUCUCAUUAUGAUAGUAACCACCCUGCUUGCUGGAGAAAUUGUGGAAAUCAAAAUGAAAACUAUUAUCAUAUUUUCUGGGAAAGCCCCAUUAUCAAAGACUAUUGGACUGGGAUACUUAAUGCCCUACAAGACAUCUUUAAAUGUGAAAUACCCUUAGAGGGUAAGACCAUAUACUUUGGGUAUAUACCUCAAGAAUGGUUGAAAAGAGAUAAAUAUUUAAUGUACUGCUGGUGGCUGGUAAAAAGACCCUUACCAGGAAAUGGUUGUCACAGGAGAGCCCAACUUUAAAUGUAUGGAUGGAAAUUACAAUGGAAAUUUACAAAAUGGGGAAGAUAACAGCAUCUGUUAAUCCUAACUUGGAGCAAUUUUAUUCAUACUGAAGAAUAUGGUUUAACUACAUAACGCCUCAUAGGCCUGAUUUUUAUUCUCACAAGUCAAUAUGUUGUUAAAAAAAAAUCACUCCCUACUCUGUACAUAGUUUUCAUCUUUUGAUUGUUCUUUCUUUCCUCUCCUUUCUUAUAAGUGUAUACCUCAGAUAAAUAUUAUGUGGAGAUUUGUGACAAAUAUGAUUAUAUGAUAUAUAUGUACAGUAUCUGAAAUACAUCUUAUGGAAAUGUUUGUUUGAUGAUGGAAUUUAAUUAAAAAAUAAAUUACAAAAAAAAAUCAAGAUGACAAGCAGAUUGAACCAGGUAGAGGAAGGGGAAGGUGGAGUGGACAGACAUGAUUGAUGGAGGCAGACAGCUAAGAGGGAGGUGUGGAGUGUGAAGGUGGAUACAGUUGCUGGAGAAUGAUAAGUAGGAACACAAAGGCUACCAGUGCUGGAAUCUGAUAAGGAAGGAGGAUGAUCAUGGGAACCAUGAGGGGAGAGGUAAAAGGCAGAGGGAACCAGGAUUGGAGGUGAGGCAGUGAAGGAAUCAUGCAUUAGGGCCUGAUCCAAUAUUCAAGAAAGGAAAGGAAGUGAAUCUGGUGGAUGUUGUGGACAGCUACUGUAACAAUGACAUGGUUCCUGAGAAUAUAUAAGAGGAAAGACCUUGCAUCCUUCACUCUUUUGAAAUCCUGGGCCUGACCUAAAACAGCAUAGUUACAUUGUUGGGGUUCCUGUUAUGAACCCAAAGGGGAAGGCUGGGGAAAAACCACGAACCUGAAAUCUCUGAAAACUGUAAUGUUCAAGCCUUAAAACUACUAAAAUUCACUUGGGAAAUCUAGAUUUUCAUUUGUUUGCAGCCAGAAAUCAAGUUUGACUCUUUUAGGAGCAGUGCUCAUCAUUCAUAAUAAUACCAAUAUAAGCCAGACUAGUGUCCUGCCAGACAUAAGAAUGCAUGCACUAUGAUUAAGAGCUAAAGCAACUGACAGAAAAUGCUAGAAGAACUCAGAAGGUCAGGCAACAUCCAUGGAAAUAAACAAACAGUCAAAGUUUUGGGCCAAGACCUUUCUUCAGGACAGAUGCAUUUGGUGCUGAAGGAUGACGAAUAUUUUGAAAAAUUUCUGUUUGGUGAAUUAUAUGAAGAACUGAGAAUAGAUGGAGUUGGAUGUUGUAUCCUCAGGGCAGCAACAUGUAAAGCUAUAUACUUUUGAUUAUUAAACUUAAAAUUAAGUAUUGCAUCAUGUUUGUAUUAUUUGAAAUCUUUGCUACAUAUUUGUAUGUUUUUGAUGUUUUAACUUAGUUCACAUCAAGCAAUCAUAUGGGACGAUGUCCAGCCCACAACCUAUUGGUUGCAAUAUUUCUCUGAUGCAGUGCAUUAACUCUCUUGGCAGUAUUUAGAAGAGAGUACAGAACAAAAUCAAAAAUCUGUCUUGUCUUCUACAGUGUCUGUAAAACCAGAGCCUUCCCUUUGUGUGCAACACAACCCAUGUAAGUACUGAGAAGAAGAAUGGUGCUAAUUGAAAGUACUCCAGAUUCUCAGUGGCUGAAUCUGAGCUUUACAGAUCUAUGACUAAUUGUUAAAUCUGUCAUUGAGAGAACUUAUUAUAAAUACUAAUAUUUCUUUUUUGAUGAACUGUGAAUGUUUACCCCUUUUGGAUUCUACAUGAGUCUUUAAUCAGAUGGUAGGACUAUAACAGGACUAGAACAGGGGUGGCCAACUGUUUACAUUCGAUGCAUCAAUUUUUCCACACGACUACAGAUGCGCCAUACAACUCUUGUACCCCUAUUCAAUUCUUGUAAAAAUGUUAAUAUAGACAUAUUUAGCAUUUUUAUAUGACAUAUUGAUUGAAUAUAAAGACAAGAUAAACAUUACUUAAUGAGAUUUUUGAGUUUGUUUUGAUUUUGCCAAGCUUUUAAUGUUUGGAGUUAAAUUAGUUACUGAGAGCAACAGAGAAUUCUUCAAGUUUGAAUCAGUCAAUCUCAACCUCGUUUUGUUUUUAAUCAAUUUCAUGGCUGAAAAUGCUUGUUCACAUCUGUACAUCGUUCUGAAACAACAGAUAUAACUCUGGGCAAAUUUUGUUCUGGAAAAUGUUCACAGGGUAAUGAUCGCCUGAAAUUAAUCAUGUCAGAAGCAUUUGGGACUGAGGGAAGCUCAUCAAAUUUCAUGUUCAAUAAUUAAUUUGUUUUCAAGAAAAUAAGUUCCAUUUGUAUGUUACUAGGCAUCUUCAUGAUUUUUUGUUCACUAAGUGAAAAUGGGUUUAUAAAUGCAAGUAUGCAGUCUUUAGCAAAAU